AUGGCUUCGGGUCCGAAUCGUGCAUUGUACACAGCGGCGGACACUCUCUCGCAGGCGCGAGGCCUGUCCGCGUCAAUACCGUCGCUGUCGUUAUCCGUCCCUUCCGGCCGCCACGCCGCCGCCUCGCACAUCUCAAAGACAUACCGCCAGGCGUCCACGCUCUUCCUCACGCGUCGCCUACCCGAGGCCCUGUCAACCGUGCUACCUCUCAUAUCUCCACUUGCGUCGGACGAGCAGAAUGGCUCGUUCGAGCCCGCGCCGGUCGCCACGGCGUCGCGGUCAUCGAGGGUCAAGGUGUGGAGCCUGUACCUCACCAUCCUGAAUGCGAUUGUCGAGCUUGAUUCGGACGACGGCAAGGAGGCGUUUGGGACGCAUGAGUGGAGGGCACUUUGCCACAAGGUUCGGGAGGGAGAGAUUUGGGAGGAGGUAGUCUGUAACGGAUACCACGGCGUCGAGGGGGAUGUUGACGCCGAGGUGGUCAUCAACCUAGCCACCCUCCUCUUAGCGCACUCCAAAACGCAAGUUCUCAACCAAAAACGGCUCGAAAACUACCUCGCCGCAGCCCGCACGCCCAAUCUGGAGAUCAGCUCAGACCGCUUCGCGGAGUCCCCAUCCCGCCGCUACCGCUCCCCAGCCGCGGGCAGCAACAACCACGCGCGCCGCGGCGGCCCCAGCGGCGCCGACACGCCCCGCGACCUCAACGCGCGCGUCAAGCUGCUCGAGCUCUACACGCUGCACGUCCUGCCGCGCAACGGCGAGUGGGAGUACGCGCGCGAGUUCAUCUCCGUGAGCCCCGUGCUCGACGACGAGCGGCGCGAGGCCUUCCUGCAGGCGCUGCAGACCCUGCAGGAGGAGCAGCUCGAGGCGGAGCGCCGGGAGGAGGAGGAGCGCCGCCGGCGGGAGGAGGCGAUCCGCCGCGACGUCGAGCAGGCCAGGCGGCUGCGGGCGGAGAACGAGGCGCGCGAGCGGAGGAGGCUGGACGAGGAGCGCCUGAAGAGGGAGGCGGCGGAAGCGGCGGCGAAACGAGUGAGCGCUACUGAGGUGGAUUUUGGCGUCGAGGGGACGUCGUCUACGCCGCCGCUCCCGCCGCCGUCGUCGGUGUCGAGGAAUAAACCACCCGGGAGUCCGUCGGGUGGGGGCGGUAUUUUGCGGCCGAGAGGGCCGUUGGCGGGGAGAGGCCCUGCUGCCGGCGGCGGCGGCGGCGAUACUGCCGUCGCGGCUCCGACGCUGAUGUCCAGGGCAUCGAGGGUGUUGGAGAAUCUCCGAGUGCUCAUCGACGAGCUCGCUGGGUCAUUCAAGACACAGCCGUACGUGCUGCUGCGGAUGUUGGCAUUCAUUAUCGGGCUUCUCCUUCUGCUGAGCCGGAGGAGAAUCCGAGAGAGGAUCGCGCAGAUCGUGGGGGUCAGCUGGGCCAAGGUGAAAGCCACGGCCGGGAUGGGCACGAAGGUCAGCUACAUCUAAGCACCCACCCCUGGUUGCUUAGGUGCCGGAUUCCAAGGUAUCUGUGCAAAGGGACGGGAUCCCGUAUGUAUUAAUACGCUCACGUGGUGCCAGAUGUUGGUUAUUGGCAUCCGAUUUCCUUUGUAGAAACGCAUGAAAUGACGAUUUUAUUAGCAU